CCAGAAAAAAAAAUUUUUUUUCCUCCUUCUGGUGAAUGCAGUUCAUGCUCAACUGAGGGAAGCUGAGAGAGUUCUGCCGCAGCAGCUCGGGGAUCGGAAGAUGAAGCGGGCGGUGCCGAUCGGUUCCGGGUCGUGCUCCUCCUUCGCCGCCCUCCUCCUCCUCCUCCUCCUCCUCUCGCUGGCCCCCGCCCCCGCUCGAUCCGCCGUCUCCAGCGUGGAUCUGGGGUCGGAAUGGGUCAAGGUCGCCGUCGUCAACAUCAGGCCCGGCCAGAGCCCGAUCACCGUCGCCAUCAACGAGAUGUCGAAGCGGAAGUCGCCCGCCCUCGUGGCGUUCCAGCCCGGGGCGCGGCUGCUCGGCGAGGAGGCCGCGGGCCUGGUCGCCCGGUACCCGGACAAGGUGUUCUCCCAGGUCAGGGACCUGCUGGGGAAGCCCCUCGAUCACGCCAGGAGGGUCUUGGGCUCGAUGUACUUGCCGUUUGGCGCGGUGGAGGAUUCGAGAGGGGCGGUGAGCUUUAGGAUUGACGGCGGCGGGGAGGCGGGGACUGAUUAUUCGGUCGAGGAAUUGUUGGCUAUGAUCCUGGGUUAUGCGGCUAGAUUGGCCGAGUUCCAUUCCAAAGUGCCGGUAAAGGAUGCGGUGAUUUCGGUGCCGCCUUACUUUGGGCAGGCGGAGCGCAAGGGGUUGCUCCAGGCAGCUCAGUUGGCGGGAAUCAAUGUCCUGUCGUUGGUGCACGAACACUCCGGCGCAGCAUUGCAGUAUGGAAUCGAUAAGGAUUUCUCCAAUGGCUCGAGGAAUGUUAUAUUCUAUGAUAUGGGGUCUAGCAGUACUUAUGCAGCAUUGGUGUAUUUCUCAGCUUACAAUACUAAGGAAUUUGGGAAGACGGUUUCGGUCAACCAGUUUCAGGUUAAGGAUGUUAGAUGGAACCCUGAACUUGGAGGUCAAAAUAUGGAAUUAAGGCUGGUGGAGUACUUCGCAGAUGAAUUCAACAAACAAGUUGGAAAUGGGGUUGAUGUGCGAAAAUACCCCAAGGCAAUGGCUAAAUUGAAAAAGCAGGUCAAACGCACAAAGGAAAUAUUGAGUGCAAACACAGCGGCUCCAAUAUCAGUUGAAUCCUUGUAUGAUGAUCGGGACUUCAGGAGUACUAUUACUCGUGAGAAGUUUGAAGAGCUCUGUGCAGAUUUGUGGGAGAAAGCUCUUGUACCAGUGAGAGAAGUCCUUGAGAACUCUGGUGUGAAGGCAGAUGAAAUUUAUGCGGUGGAGUUGAUAGGAGGUGCCACUAGAGUGCCGAAGUUGCAGGCUACACUGCAAGAAUUUCUUGGAAGGAAAGAGCUAGAUAAACAUCUGGAUGCUGAUGAAGCUGUAGUUCUUGGUGCAGCAUUAUAUGCCGCCAAUUUAAGUGAUGGAAUCAAGUUGAAUAGGAAGCUAGGGAUGAUUGAUGGUUCUCCUUAUGGGUAUGUUGUUGAAUUAGAAGGUCCUGAUCUUGUUAAAGACAACAACACAAGGCAGUUACUUGUGCCCCGGAUGAAAAAGCUUCCCAGUAAGAUGUAUAGAUCGAUUGCUCACAACAAAGAUUUUGAGGUUUCACUUGCUUACGAGAGUAAAGAUCUUUUACCUCCUGGUGCUAUCUCUCCUGUGUUUGCUCAAUAUGCAGUGUCUGGACUUGCAGAUGCAUUUGAGAAAUAUUCAGGUAGAAACCUGUCUUCACCAAUAAAAGCAAAUCUGCAUUUCUCUCUUAGUAGAAGUGGGGUACUCUCGUUGGAUCGGGCUGAAGCUGUUGUUGAAAUAUCGGAGUGGGUUGAAGUUCCUAAAAAGAAGCCGACCUUGGAAAACUCCACUAAUGCUUCCCAGAAUGCAUCAGUUGAAUCUGGUUCUAACGACACUGCUGAAGAAAGCAUGGAGAACACACCGCUUGAUGAUGGUGGAAAUAACAAAACUACCUCUAGUGAAGUAGAACAAGGGUCUGCAGAUUUGGGUAUGGAAAAAAAAUUGAAAAAGCGUACGUACAGGGUUCCACUGAAGAUAAGUGACAAGACAUUGGGACCUGGGAUAUCUCUGCCUGAAGAAUCUUUUCUUGAAGCAAAGAACAAACUAGAAUUACUUGACAAGAAGGAUGCAGAGAGAAGAAGAACUGCCGAGUUGAAGAACAAUUUGGAAGGGUACAUAUAUGCCACAAAAGAAAAAAUUGAGACAUCUGAGGAACUUGAAAAGGUCUCUACUGAUGAUGAACGCCAAUCUUUCAUUGCAAAGCUUGAUGAGGUGCAAGAUUGGCUUUACAUGGAUGGUGAAGAUGGUACUGCAACAGAGUUUCAGGAACGUCUGAAUUCACUAAAAGCAAUUGGUGAUCCAAUUUUUUUCAGAUUGAAAGAAGUAACAGAACGGCCGGCGGCUGUUGGGCAUGCUCGAAGUUACCUGGAUCAAUUGCAAAAGAUUGUACAGGAUUGGGAAACCAAAAAAUCCUGGCUUCCUAGAGAGAGAAUCGAUGAGGUUCUAAAAGAGGCGAACAGUUUAAAGAUUUGGUUGGAUGAGAAGGAGACUGAACAGAAGACUGCUGGGUUUUUAAAACCUGCAUUUACAUCUGAAGAAGUAUAUACGAAGGUUUUUAAAUUGCAAGAUAAGGUUGCAACUGUAAAUAGAAUUCCGAAGCCAAAGCCUAAAAUAGAGAAGCCUACGGAGAAUAAACUUGAGAGCACAGAUUCAUCCGAUGCAGCUUCUGAGGAAGCACCCUCUGCAGACGACCAGCCAACACAGGCUACAGAUGGCACUGCCGAAGAAGAAGCUGAACAGGAAAGCGUGGGUGAGCCAGAAUCGAAGCUUCAUGACGAGUUGUGAUGACUCAGCAUGGAAGCCAUUUUUGUCAUUGCACGACACAGAAGAGUGUUAGAGGACAAGGGAGGAUAGGAAGAUUCGAAGGAAGAAUUACUUAAAGUAAAACUUACUAUUAAGACUAAAAGAAGGGCCUGCUUAUUCUUGAUGAUGAAUUGAGAUGCACGUAUAGCAUCAGGAACUCAGCUUCCCGUCUGGUUCGCAUUAGUGGUAGAAACUUUAUUCCCUGAAGGGAAUCGCCAAUCAAUUUCGUUUUUCUGCAAUUUUGUAGUAACUAAUUAUAGAUGCUUACAGGAUAGUCCAGGGGAGAAUUUAGUCCGAGUCUGAUACGGAUCUUGUACCAUUGAGUAUAGUUAUAGCCUCGCGAUACUGUCAGUUUCUAUAUAUGCACGAGAUUUACCUCUAGUU